GGAGGAUGUGAGUAGCGGGGCAUCAUCCGCAUCUCGAGGACGUCACGGAACACGUACUGUCACCAUACCCCGGUGUUUGCAUCUCCGCUGAAAAGCAUUAACUCACAAGCGAGUCCAGGCAGAUAUCAGCCUCCGCCUGCUGGGUUUAAAGAAGAUUCGCCUAUGCCUGAGAUCAAACCCGAGCCGUCUGAUGACUCGAGCGAAGGGGAUCCAUAUAAAGAUUGGGGACCGCCGACGUAUGCGUAUCCUGAUCCUACUGUGCCAGAUCGCUGGCUACAACGCGAAGCGAUCAUGACACGCAACAAAGCCGCCUUCAACCUCUGGAUUGACUGGUUCAACUCCGGCGAAAAGGGCGACGAAAUCCCCAAUCGCAUGCUCCACCCCGACCACGUCUACUCCGACCCCAACUUCGGCGGCAACGGAAUCCGACACAUGGUCGAGUGGACAAACUACUUUCGCUCGCGGUUUCAUGGUUCGCGUAUCACCGUCAAACGGCUGGCGGCGGAGGGUGAGACGGUGAUGUCGAUGUGCGAGUUGACCGCGACACAGGUUGGGGAACAUAUGGGACGGCCGGGAGAGGUGAGAGAGAUGAAUGGGAGGUAUUCGGCAGCUGAUACGUUUAGGGAUGGAUUGAGGGUUGAGACGAUCAUGAUCAUGGAUUUUGAGGCGAUGAGGACCAAGGAGUGGACCAAGGUUGCGUCGAGUGAGCAUGUUACGACAGAUGUCAGGAUCCCCGUUUCGAGACCGGACAGUCGGGCUGGACCUUCGAUUGCGGAGUUUCGGAGACCUGCGAGCACGAGUAGGGAGAGUGACUGUUCUGUUACGUUGCCGUCGGCGUUGGAACAGGUGCUGUUAGGACAGGUUGCGAGUGAGGCGAGUACGCCUGAUUUGGGGAAGCUUCGAGUUCAGAGUAGGCCGAGGAGUGCGUCACCUAGGAGGCGGACGAGGGGUAGGGCGAUGUCGAGGGAGAGUAUUACGUUGAGCGAUAUCUUGUGUGAUAUUGAUGAUGGACCGGCUUCAAAGAGGCAUCAGCCUUAGCGAAGGGCUUUGGAGUGUUCUUUAAGGGUUCAUGCAUUUUCAAGAGAUGAGUGUUUGUCAUACGAUAUACGAAUUCCAAGGUUUCCACU